GAACAGCGCCAGUUACACACAGCAUACGGUCAAAGGUUACGCACGCAGCGCUCUCGGUGGAUAACCCGCGCCUGGUUCUUGUUGACAUUCCUCUCAUUGGCCUGAUAUUGCGUAAACGACGAGCGGGGGAACGCUAAAGUUGGUCAAGGGUGCGUCUUGGAUGUGGUGUCUGAUGUAGACUCGGUUCGGAGUUGUUCCCGCGCGGUCCUCCCUCCACUCCACACCGCUGACCUUCUAUCAUUUCUCGACAGCCGGGAAAGAGGCGCUGGUCGCGGGUAUGGAUGCCGUGUGGAUGCUCCCUGUGCUGCUGCUGGUGCUCCCGCUCCUGUUAUGGACCAGCAGCACGUUCGUUUUCUAUUUCAAAAAGUGCUUCUAUGUGGCGUACAUGAUGCUGCUGGCCGUUAUCACCAUUCCGAUUUGCAUUCUUAAAAGCGGCGGCAGGGACAUUGAGAAUAUGAGGGUCAUCAGGUUCAUGGUUCGCCAUGUGAAGUACUUCCUUGGUCUGCGCUAUCAGGUCAGCGGUUGGGAACAUCUACAGACAGACGGUCCCUACGUCAUCAUCUCCAACCACCAAUCAUCACUCGAUGUGCUAGGCAUGAUGGAGAUCCUGCCGGACCGCUGCACGAUGAUCGCUAAGAAGGAGCUGAUAUGGGCUGGGACAGUGGGCAUGAUUUGCUGGCUGGGAGGAAUCGUCUUCAUUAACCGCCAAAAGACCAGAGACGCCAAGAACGUCAUGAGUGGUGCCGCUAAAACCAUGUUGGCCGACAAGAUCCGAUUGUGGGUGUUUCCAGAAGGCACACGGAAUCAGAACGGCGGGCUCUUGCCUUUCAAAAAGGGAGCGUUUCAUCUGGCCAUUCAAGCACAGGUUCCCAUCAUACCCAUCGUCUUCUCUUCCUACAGUAACUUCUACCUACGAAAAGAGAAAGAGUUCAAAUCAGGAACCAUCACUCUGAAAAUCCUACCAAAGAUCGAGACAAAGGGACUGACGGCAGAUGAUGUGACGACGCUCUCUGAGCAAUCGUUCAGCGUCAUGCAUUCGGCCUUCCUGGAGAUCUCCGGCCAGACCGCGCAGAGCAACGGGCCGUCCACCCACUGAGCGGCCUUUCAUUCGCUCCGACAACAAGGAUGGCUUGAGACUACAUCGUUGGUAAUCAUGACAACCAGGCGCUUUAGUGUCCUCUCCGCGGUCCUCAUGAAGCAGGAACACAUGUCCAUACAGACAGACACAUGCAUUCACCUUGACUACAGUACAUACAGCAGAUGUUAUCUUAGCCUAGUUUCUCCCGUUGGACUCCAGGGGGCGCUAACCGGCAGAACGGCGGGUUUUUUCUGGCGUGCCGCUUUAACUGCCUCCUCUUUGAUGUUGGUUCGGCUCGGACUGCUUUGGUCGGUGACGGGUUGAGUUUUGCAGCGACGCCCUGAGAACAUGGUGGAUGUGCGUUCAACAUGCAUGCCUUUUUCUGUUUUUUCUUCCUUCAAUUUUGAUCUACAAAGACUCGUUUUGUUUAUUUUUGUAGGUCGCUUUUUCUCGAAGGUACUUCGCUUGCAUCAUGGGAAAUCGGUGACAGACAUCUGUAUUCAUUUUGUUUCUGUCAUCUUUUGUUGUUGUUUGUUUUCGUCUUAUGCAAGAGUAUUUUUCUUUAAAGAUGCCCCUUUAUUGUUUUAUAUAACUUUGAUUUAUUGACCAAAAAGAUUGAUUUGGAAAUGUCCUAUACAUUCCAGAGUAAAGCUUUUUGUGUCGUCACAUCCAAGGAUUCAGAAAACGCAAACCGAUUGUGCGCUGACUAUUAGUUCAGUUUCCUUUUUGCCAUUUAAAUGUUUAGUUUGUAACGAAUAUCUCUAUUGUCACCGUUAUCAAGUGCGGCUUCUUCCUGUGCCAUGUGUCCAAAGUGUCUCAGCCACUGGCUGCAUAUAAUGAUGGAAUAUUGUGGAAAACACUAUUGAUAAUUGAUCUGUGAUCAGGAUUGUUUGAUCAGUGUUUAGGAUCGCAAUAUGUUCCAGUUGACUUUAGUUUAGUGCUUUGCUCCUUUCCUGUUUUGGUUUGUUUUCAGGCUACAAAAUGACAUUUUCAUUUAUAUAUAUAUAUAACAUUUUUCAAUCCUUUUCUUAAAACCAAAAACCAUUUACAAGGGAAUUAUUAUUAUAAUAACUAAUCGAAAAAGUAUUAUCUAACGCGUUAUAUAGACUAUGGUAUUAUCAAAGCAGCCAGUUUAACUAAAAUGUGUUUAAGAGCCAUUAUUUAUUCAGAUUUUGAAGGGAAAAAUAAAUAAAUAAAUAAAUGCAUUUAUUUUACAUUUGUUUACAGAUGGCAGCGUUUUUCUUUCAAAACCUGCUGUAAAGUUGUCCCAUGGAAUUAUUGUAUUUUAAAUUCCUGUGGUUUGUAAUAUUUUUAAGUGGAUGUUGACAUGAGACAUGGAAAAGAUGAUCAUAAAGUGGUCAUGCGCUUAUCUCUGAGGGCUGCUCAAUGAUCAGGUAUUAAACUUUAUCUUCAACCUUAAGAUUAAC